AUCACAUUUCGCAUCCACCAAAGAGACGGAAAAAUGCCGGCAGGUCAUGGAGUUCGGGCGAGGACGAGGGAUCUGUUCGCGAGGCCGUUCAGGAAGAAGGGUUACAUUCCACUCUCGACUUACCUAAGGACCUUCAAGGUCGGCGAUUACGUCGAUGUUAAGGUGAAUGGUGCGAUCCACAAGGGUAUGCCUCACAAGUUCUACCAUGGUCGUACUGGUCGCAUCUGGAACGUCACCAAACGCGCCGUCGGUGUCGAAGUCAACAAACAGAUUGGCAACAGGAUCAUAAGGAAGAGGAUUCAUGUGCGUGUGGAGCAUGUGCAGCAAUCAAGGUGUGCUGAGGAGUUCAAGCUGAGGAAGAAGAAGAACGAUGAACUCAAAGCUGCAGCCAAAGCCAAUGGUGAGACAAUAAGCACCAAGAGACAGCCUAAAGGACCCAAACCAGGAUUCAUGGUCGAAGGAAUGACCUUGGAGACUGUCACUCCAAUCCCUUACGAUGUCGUCAACGAUCUCAAGGGAGGCUAUUAG